AUGCUAAGAUUGAACGUGAGUAUGAAUGCAAAACUUUCAGUAAAUAAAAUUCGACGAAAAAGUUUUUCUUAUACUGUCAUUAACAUGGCUUACUUUAGUUAUAUCACCUCAAACUUGGUUUUGUUGAAGAAGAUAAAACUUUUUAUUCUUUUGAAGAAACCAAACAAUUCGAUUCUUGAAAUUGAUAGAAUAAAAUGUAAUCGCAGAAAUUUACGUCAUGAUGAUUUAAUCAGCUUUUUAAAAGAAUGUCGUACUUUAAAUACUCAACGAGAAACUAAUUGUGAUUAUUUUUAA